GUCUCCUCCAACAACCACUGAAUAAUGCUCAGCAAUCAAGAGCAACUGCUCUUUUGUGCAGGUAUCUGAGUGUGAUGUGUUGUGAGUGAAAACUAAAGAAAAGCCAAACAAAGUCAGCCCGGCAGGUUCUGGCAGGGAUGAGUCCAGGUGAAGGAGAGAGAGAGACCAGAGCAACGCUUGAUUGGGGCUUUUAUGCUCAGGGCGCACCAGCAUCAGGUGCUCUGCAUCACGCAUCUUCUCCCUUGAGACCCAGCCUCAUUUCCAUGGACUUUGGUCCUCGUCUUUCAUGGUGACAUCUGUUUCUUGCUUCAACAGCCAGAGCAGAAGGCAGGAAGUAAGGGUGUGAACGCACUGCUGAAGGGUGGCGAGCUAAAAAAGACCCGUCGUUUCUUACUGACUAUUAAGAUUGAUAUUCUCCCUGUCGUGUAUUGAACCGUGGACAUGAUGGGUAAACAGACUGGGUUUUGUGUGCUGUUGUUGGCGGUGCUGAACGUCGCUGUAACCGAGGAUACCGUAACUACGGUGUAUUUCACGGAUGGCGGAGAUCUAACAUUAAAAGUGAGGCCUCCUCUUCCGGAUCACAUCAACAUCAUCGUGUGGAUAUUCAACGAUAAUCUGCUGGCCGAGUGGGUGGAAGAUAAGAGUUAUAACCUCAGAAUUGAAGGACGAGCAAACCUCACCAAAGAGACUGGACAGCUGAUCAUCAACAACAUGAGCAAAGAGGACGAGGGUGUGUAUUCAGUGGAGAUCAACGACAGAGUCCAGAGUGAGAGAUAUCAAGCUAAAUUGAUCAAGAAGGUCCAGAAGCCCAAAGUAGCUCUAGGGACAUUGACUUGUGAACCUGAUUUUGAUAGUUGUAGGUUCUUCUGUGACUCAGACACCACUGAGGCUGAACCCAUCACCUACAGCUGGAAGAAGGGAGAUGGCGAGUGGGAGGUGUCUGGGAAGGACAUCGUCAUCACCAGAAGGUAUGACUCAGGUGGGAAGAACUUCACCUGCAGGAUGAAGAACCCAGUCAGCCAGGAAGAAAGUGACCCCGAACCCAUCCUGCUCUACAAGGAGCCUACUGAGCCAGACAACAAUGCUGCAAAGGGGGUGGGUAUUUUUUUUGGUGUGCUCUUAGCUGUGGUUGCGGCUGGGGGUGUUGGUGUGGCAUGGAUAAAGAAGUUAGGCCCCUUCAAUAAAUGAAGCCUCAACAUCCCUGAUUCUACAAAUGGAAAUGUACAGCCAACUUCUCCUCCUAGUGACAGUUCACCUAAGACAGCUGAGACCAUACCACUUUAGGCUAACCCACAAGACACAAAGUCAGACGCCAAAGAAACUGCAUGAAGUUGAGUAGCUCAAAUAGUCCUCAGACUUCUAUUUCUGCAUACAUGACAUGUACAAACAUGUAAUUUUUUUGUGUAUUUUUUAGCAGUCAGCUGUGUGCUUCAUUGACUGUUACCUGCAGCAGAGGGAUUUUCAAAAGAACAAAGUUGUUUUUUAGAACAAAUUAAUUGUAUUUUUUAUUUUUUAUUUUUUUUUAAACAGCCACCUGUGUGUUUAUAUAUGUAUGUAUGUAUGUAUGUAUGUGGGUGUUUCUGCAACUAAAAUCACUUUUGACUCUCCUAAAUUAAAAAAAAAAACAAUCUCUAUGAAUUUUAACCAUCAGAGAAAACUAAACUUAUAUUAACAGAUAUAUGAUAUUCUCAGUGAGUCUUUGCAGUGU